ACCUUUAAAACUAUACAAUAAAAAUUACUCAAUUCAAACUAAAAUUUGAAAAAAAAAAAUAAUAAUAAAAUGCCUGCCUUUGCCUUGUUAUAAAAACAACUAUUAAACAGAAAAGUAACACAACUUAUAAAAGCACAAAUACGUGCUUCUACUCCUACGUUUUCUCUCUAAUCCACUGCAAUGCUUGUUGAACAACUUUAACUAAACUGAUAGACAUUUAAUCUAAAGAAGAAAAAAAUAUAUAUAGAAAAACUAAUGUUCAAGUAAACUUUUACGCUAAGCCAGCAAAACAUCAUUUUUGUCACAAAUAUUGACGGAGAAAGAAAAAAAAAACGACAGGAAACUAAGAGAAAAAAAGUAGAAAAAGAAUGCGAGUAGCAAAGAAUAAUGUUCUGGUUCUGGUAUCAAUAUCUUUUGGGGUCUUUGCGAGAUGUUGGUAAAUGUGAUGGCUGACGGGCAAAUAGCAACGUCUUUGUUACAUCAAUGUAAUUUAAACUACCAGCAAAUAAUAAUAUACUAUUAUGAACAAAAACUAAAACUGCUAACAACAACAACAAAAAUAUUGUCCUUAUUACCAGCAGCUAUUACAAACAUAACAACACAACUUGCAAAUAGUCAAAAAAUAAGAGAAAUUAUUAAGAACAGCGAAGAGAAACGCUGGAAGUUAAAAAGCAUCUUUUGUGCUAAAAAACAUUUAAAAAAUGGAUAAAAAUUAUAGAAAUUUAAAAAGUGUAUAUAAAAAACUUAAUUGUAAUUCAUGGUUACAACAAACGGUCAACAACAAACUACUAAUAUUACUGGUAGUGAAUACAUUUCAAUACCCAUUAUUGAGUUACCGCCAUGAAUGAAACGGAGUGUGAUAAUUUAAUCAAGUCGGUAAAAUGGACGGAACCCUCAAAUUUGAUCUCACUAGCGAUACUCGAAUUUAUCAAUGUCUUAGUCAUAGGAGGAAAUCUAUUAGUUAUUGCCGCUGUUUUUUGUUCAAAUAAAUUGCGAAGUGUUACCAAUUUUUUUAUUGUUAAUUUAGCUGUUGCUGAUUUACUGGUCGGUUUAGCUGUUUUGCCAUUCUCUGCAACAUGGGAAGUUUUUAAGGUUUGGAUAUUCGGUGAUGUUUGGUGCCGCAUUUGGUUAGCUGUUGAUGUCUGGAUGUGUACCGCUUCAAUAUUAAAUUUAUGUGCCAUUUCUUUGGAUCGUUAUGUUGCUGUAACACGACCCGUAACUUAUCCAAGCAUUAUGUCUACCAAAAAAGCAAAAUCCUUAAUAGCCGGUAUUUGGGUUUUAUCAUUUGUUAUCUGCUUUCCACCACUAGUCGGUUGGAAAGAUCAAAAGCCCAUGAUACAACCAACUUAUACAAGGGGAAAUUAUACUCUUUAUUAUGCCACUAGUGCUGCAACAAUAUCAUCAGAGUCAUCAUCAACAACAACUACAACAACAUCGUCAUCAUCAGCGUUAUUAGGAGUAGUAACAUCCACAACAGCAUCAUCGCCAUCAUUAAAACACAAAGGAAAGAGACAAAGAAAAUUUUUAAAACCCACCGCAAAUGCUCCCUACACAAUACCCUCAUUUGCAGCUGCAGCACCUGUAUCGGUAGCCAAGACUUUAAGGCAUAAAAGAGGAGCUUUAGCCAAGUCAUCAUCGUCAUCAUUGUAUAAUUCAUUUAAUCCAUAUGAUCCCUACUAUGCGCAUUUACAAAAUCAUAAUACGGGUGAUAAAAAUGUAAAUAAACGGGUUGAUGCUAUUGUUGAUACAGAUGAUGACAACAACAAGAGCAACUACAACUACAACUAUCACUAUUCAAAUGAGGAUGCUGACGCAGAAAACAGUAAUAAUAUUGCUGGUGCUGACGAUGCCUCUGCUACUGAUUUAGAUGACUAUGAUGAAUACACUUUAACAACAAGUGACAGUUCAGAAAGUAGUAGUAUCCGUUAUAAUAAUGAUCCAACUUCAGCUAUGUAUUACGAUACAGCAGAUUCUGGUCGCGUGAUGAAAAAUGGUGCUGAAACACCACCAACUACUACAACUUAUAGUGCAGCAUCAUCAUCAAUGUCCUCUUAUGCAACGCCACCACCACCCUGCCCAUGGAAAUGUGAGUUAACAAAUGAUCGUGGUUAUGUUUUAUACUCUGCCCUUGGAUCAUUUUAUAUACCGAUGUUUGUUAUGUUGUUCUUCUAUUGGCGCAUCUAUCGGGCAGCUGUACGAACAACACGUGCCAUUAAUCAAGGUUUCAAGACUACAAAAGGCUCAAAAGGUAUUGGCUCUCGUUUCGAUGAACAACGACUUACACUUAGAAUCCAUCGGGGGCGAGGUUCAAAUCAACACGAUUCUACACACAGUAAUGGUAGUACCCAGAGUACUACCACCACUUUGGGUACACCAUCUCCCGAGAGAUUAAGUAAAUAUUCUACGCGUAGACAACAUAAUAAUCAUGACAAAAUUAAAAUUUCCGUUUCUUAUCCUUCGAAUGAUAAUAUUUCGGAAUUAGCACAUGGUCAUGAUGGCAUACAUCUCGAAAGGGGUAGAGAACAUAGGGCUUCGUCGGCAAGUAGUGGUAAUAUGUUGUUUGCCGUACACUAUGGUUCACAUAAUGGACGGGACUGUAAUGAGACCCAGUUGUAUAGACAUCAACAUCAGCAUGACAGUAAUUGUUAUUUACAAGUGGGUAAAAAUAUGCCAGAUAUGUUGAGAAGAACUUCGAAUACGAGUGAACAUCAACAGAAUAGACCGAAUAAGAAAAUGGGCAAGAGAAAUAUUAAGGCUCAAGUGAAAAGGUUUCGCAUGGAGACUAAGGCUGCCAAAACCUUAGCCAUUAUAGUGGGUCUUUUUAUAUUCUGUUGGUUGCCGUUUUUUACCAUGUACAUUAUAAGACCUUUCUGUGAGGAUUGUAUAGAUCCUUUACUAUUUUCCGUACUCUUUUGGUUGGGCUAUUGUAACUCUGCUGUUAAUCCCAUGAUUUAUGCUUUAUUCUCUAAAGAUUUCCGUUUUGCCUUUAAACGUAUCAUAUGCAAAUGCUUCUGUUCCGGCAAAAGUAUCAAUAUGAAAACUUCUAGACGUGGCUCUGAUAUGUCAGCCAUACGCAUACGAGCACGAACACCUAGCAUAACACCCAGUGCAGCGGCUCAUUCGUUUGGCGAUGAGUCGGAGUUGCAUCAUUCCGAAAUGAGUUCGAACGAUAGAUGACGUUCAUUUGGACCCACAAAUUCAAGUUCAUCGAAUAGUUUGGGGGUCCGUAAGACGAGUUUGAAAGUUCCUGUUUAUGAAAUCUGUCAUCCGUUGGUGAUGGAUAUCGGCAGUAAUACGAACGGGAAACGUACACAGUUGUAGCCCUUAUCCGAGGCGGCGCGGGGCAGUAGUUGUAGUAGUCAUAAUAGGGAGGAGAUUAGUUUGCAAGUAUUUACUAGAUCUAGUAAAUUAAAAAGGGGUAGGGCAAUACGCUUAAAGUAAUGAAAUUAAUAUUUACACAAAUUAAAAAACAUAAUAAUAAUAAUUGUAUAAAAAUUUAAAUAAAGUGUAGUUAAAUAAAUCAUUUCAAUACUCGUUUGUAAAAAUACAAUAACAAUUUAAUUAAAAGCAAAUUUAAAUACUUAUAUUUAGGGAAAUAAUUGUCUUUGAGCUUGUAAGUUAAAAUUUAAAUAUAUUUAUAAACAAAAAUAAACUAAAAUACUUAAUUAAAUUUUGCCAUUUGUUUAUAAAGUUAUUAUACAUCCAUAACUAUAAGCUUAAUUUAUUUUUGCUGAAUUAAUUGUUUAAGUGCAAAUUUUCUAAGGUUUUUAUUAAACAAUUUUAUUGAUUUGUAUAUAAAAAUAUAUACAUUUAUUAAAACACUUUCAGAUAUUUAACUAAAUAAUAAAAA